AUGAGUGGAGGUCGUUUUGAAUUUGAUGAUGGUGGAGCUUAUUGUGGUGGCUGGGAAGGUGGCAAAGCCCAUGGGCAUGGGAUCUGCACCGGACCUAAAGGACAGGGCGAGUUCUCCGGGUCCUGGAAUUACGGGUUUGAGGUGGUUGGAGUCUACACCUGGCCCAGCGGAAACGCCUAUGAAGGCUUCUGGUCGCAAGGGAAGCGCCAUGGUCUAGGAGUUGAGACUAAAGGACAUUGGGUUUACAAGGGAGAAUGGACUCAUGGCUUCAAGGGGAGAUAUGGCUUGAGGCUGAGUGUUGGUAGUGGGGCAAAGUAUGAAGGAACGUGGAAUAAUGGAUUGCAAGAUGGAUAUGGCACAGAGACCUAUGCUGAUGGUGGUAUGUUUUUUAUUCCUUUAUGUAUAUGUUGUCCUGAAUCUGGUGGAGCCAGGGCUUGUUCAGCCUCACUUAAUCAUGUACUUCCUAUACACAUCAUGGGAAUCUUGCAUUUGUAAUAUGUAAUAACACUGUUAUGACAUCUUUGCACAUCCAUUAGCAUCAUUGACAUCUGUCUUACCUGACAUUUAACAUUUGAAGAAGGUAAAGGGUAGAGGUAAUUAAUUACAUAGGACAGGUAUGCAUUUUUGGUUUAUGCUGAUAUAUCCAGAUGCAUCUGAGAAUAUAAGAGCAGGGAUAUGAGAGGAUUAUCUACAAAGCACAAUGGGCUAUACACUACAGUACAAUACUAAUGUUCCAUUUGGGUGUUUUAUGAGCGAAUGAGUGACUCAAGCUUGCAGCAGUGAAACAAGGAGAGGAACCCAAGUGUUGCUGCGGAUGGUCCAUUAGGAUCUUGCCCAUUCCUAAGGACCUCUUGCCAAACGAUAGUGGCAGUGGAUGGCACAUUAGCGGUGUGUGUCAAUACGAAAGUGUGUGCUAUGAUGUGGAAUGUUAAGCUGUGUUUUUACGUGGAAGAUAUUGUUUUAAUUGCUGUCACACGAACGAAUGAACGCGCGCGCAAACACACACUCACACGCACACACACAAGAUGUCAUGGGCCUAGAGUAAAAGUGCUGAUCUAGGAUCAGGUCCCCCGCUGUCCAUGUAAUGAUCUAAAAGGAAAAACUGAUCCUGGAUCAGCACUCCUACUCUGAGACAUUUUAUGGGGCCCCAAAGAACCGGUGAGAGAAAUGAAAGGAACAGGAGGAGAAACACUGAUUGCUCUACUGUUGAAUGAAUGAAUAGUCAGAGGAGUUGGCAAACAUACAUACAGUAGAGAUCUAGGACCAAGCUAUAUUUUCUCAUACUGUCACUGUACACUUGAACCUGCUGAGAGAUCACACCAAUAAUAUCGGUGGCAGUGCUGUCUGUUUAAAGACCCUGGUGCCCUCAGUAGCUGACUCAUCAGAUUUGGGCCCUUUUGAGUGGUUGAUAGGGAGGUUCUGACACCAUGUGUCAGGAAGUAAUAAUAGCCCAGCAGACUGCUGUGUCCUCUUGGCCUGACGGUCCAGCUACAGCCAAUGGCAUCCAGACAAGUGUCUGAUUUUGCAUGAGAGACCCAUGAUUAGUUUGGGUCACAUUAAUAACUUUAGUUGAACUACAGUCUUUCCAACUAUACUGAACAAAAAUAUAAACGCAACAUGCAACAAUUUCAAAGAUUUUGCUGAGUUACAGUUCAUAAAAGGAAAUCAGUCAAUUGAAAUAAAUUCAUUAGGCCCUAAUCUAUGGAUUUGUUGGUCACAGAUACCUUUAAAAAAAGGUAAGGGCGUGGAUCAGAAAACCAGUCAGUAUCCAGUGUGACCACCAUUUGCCUCAUGCAGCGCGACACAUCUCCUUCGCAUAGAGUUCAUCAGUCUGUUGCUUGUGGUCUGUGGCCUGUGGCCUGUGUCCCACUCCUCUUCAAUGGCUGUGCGAAGUUGCUGGAUAUUGGCGGGAACUGGAACAGGCUGUCAUACAUGUUGAUCCAGAGCAUUCCAAACAAGCUCAAUGUGUGUUAUGUCUGGUGAGUAUGCAGUCCAUAGAAGAACUGGGACAUUUUCAGCUUCCAGGAAUUGUGUACAGAUCCUUGUGACAUGGGGCCGUGCAUUAUCUUGAUAAAACAUGAGGUGAUGGCGGCAGAUGAAUGGCACGACAAUGGGCCUCAGGAUCUCAUCACGGUAUCACUGUGCAUUCAAAUUGCCAUAGAUAAAAUGCAGUUGUGUUCAUUGUCUGUAGCUAAUGCCUGCCCAUACCAUAACCCCACCGACACCAUGGGGCACUUUGUUCACAACGUUGACAUCAGCAAGCCGCUCGCCCACACGUGGUCUGCGGUUGUGAGGCCACUUGGAGGUACUGCCAAAUUCUCUAAAACAAUGUUGGAGGCGGCUUUUGGUAGAAAUGAACAUUCAAUUGUCUGGCAACAGCUCUGGUGGACAUUCCUGCAGUCAGCAUGCCAAUUGCACGCUCCCUCAAAACUUGAGACAUCUGUGGCAUUGUGUUGUGUGACAAAACUGCACAUUUUAGAGUGGCCUUUUAUUGUCCCCAGCACAAUGUGCACCUGUGUAAUGAUCAUUCUGUUUAUUCAGCUUCUUGAUAUGCCACACCUGUCAGGUGGGUGGAUUAUCUUGGCAAAGGAGAAAUGCUCACUGACAGGGAUGGAAACAAAUGUGUGCACAAAAUUUGAGAGAAAUAAGCUUUUUGUGCAUAUGGAACAUUUCUGGGAUUUUUAUUUCAGCUCAUGAAACAUGGGACCAACACUUUACAUGUUGUGUUUAUAUUUUAGUUCAGUGUAUGAUACCUACUGUAUCAAACCAUAUAGGCUGACUGUGCCAAGUUCUGGUUACUUUAUUCUACUUUCAAAACAAAACCACUCAUCUUGUCUCACUGUUGAAGUGCUUGCAAUUAUAUAAGAGUGAUCAUUUGGUGUGAGUUAAAGAGCCAGCCCAAACAUUUUCAAUCAAAUCAGAGGCCGGUGAAGCUUAUUGCCUAUUUCUCCAGAUGCUAACAUAUCUAUCAAUUCCCUCUCUUGUCUUUCCAGGCACAUUUCAGGGCCAGUUUACUGGCGGCAUGCGACACGGGUACGGAGUACGUCAGAGCGUGCCUUACGGCAUGGCGGCGGUCGUUCGCUCCCCUCUCCGCACCUCCCUCACCUCCCUCCGCAGCGAGCAAAGUAAUGGCACCCUGCUUCAGCAGGACGUCCCCGUCAUCAUCGCCACCAACGCCGCCGGCCAGGAGGCCCGAGUCUCCACACCCACCCAGCUGGGACCCUCCCGGGGCGGCUUCGCCCUCACGCUCCAGGUGGACCCAGACGCUGUCAAGCCCAAGAAGAAGGGCCUGUUCCGAAGGGGGUCUCUCCUGGGGAAACUGAAGAAGUCUGACUCCCGUACUUCCUUAUCCAGUGUGAGGAGCAAGCUAAGCUUCCUGGGAGCGAGGAGCGAGUCAGCGUUGAGUUCGGCGGCCAGCGAUGUGGCCAGCGAUGCCAACUCCACCAUCAGUCUGGGAGACGAGAGCCUGGCCGGGGCAGAGGAUUUCCCCCCUGUGGAGGCCGACAUCGACGCCACCACCACAGAGGUUUACAUGGGGGAGUGGAAGAACGACAAGCGUUCAGGCUAUGGAAUAAGCGAACGUUCCAGUGGGCUAAAGUAUGAAGGUGAAUGGCUAGACAACCAGCGACACGGCUAUGGAUGCACCACCUUUGCGGAAGGAGGGAAGGAGGAAGGAAAGUAUAUGAACAACAUGCUGGUGAAGGCCAUGAAGAAGAGGGUUAUCCAACUGAAGGGCACCAAGAUCAGGCAGAAGGUGGAGCGCAGUGUGGAGGGAGCUCAGCGGGCGGCGGCCAUCGCCAAACAGAAAGCAGAGAUCGCUGCCUCCAGGUAUGGAAUAGACCAUACACAUACAUAUUCAUCACUGGGAUAGACUAGGUGAUCAUGAUCAGACACAUUUUCAGUAACACUUUAGUAGCACCAAAAUAACAAUCACACUAUUUCAACCUAUUUACUGUCUAUGUAUAAACUAUCACUUACCUACUUUCAAAAAACAUUUUUAAAUCCUUCAAGUACACCACAUUUGUUCUCUAUAACAACUUCCCCUGUGCCUCUCCUUCCACUAUUCUCUUUAACAAUUCACCAAUAAAUGCACCCACAAGAGCAAGGGUCUGCUUCAAUGUCAAUGUUCAAUGUUUUAGACACGGAUGCCUACCUCUGCAUAGCAGUACAUGGACAAGAGGGCUACUGUAUGGCACUGAAUGGUAAAAAGAGGUUGAUGAUGGAAAAUAAAGACGCCAUUGAGUUAGAUCAGAAUCAGCAGUUGCAGGUGUUGCUCCCGUGACUUCUCUGGCUGCGGUCACAAUAGGAGCCAAAGAGGACAGAGAGGAAAAGGUUCCUUCUUCUGUGUGGAGUCAUUAUAUACAGCUUGUAACAGACUGGAGAGAAAAGGACAAUGUCUGCGUGCCACCCUGUCUGAUCUAGUCUUGUUUGAAAUUCUUCUGCAGCUAUUUUUCCUGCUUUUCUUGUGUGCUAUACAGUGGGCAACAGUUGUAG